GUGGCCACCAGACAACAGUCUUCGGUGGAUUCGCCACAACAACAUGGACGCCAUCUGGAGGUACGACUGAUCUGUUUGCUACCAGAGUCAGAAGUUACAAUGGAGAAUAUCUUCCCCACAUCUAUGACAGUGAGGAUACUGUAUAUCAGCGUUCUGUUCCUUGCUAAAGCAUCCGACCCCUGCGCCGACCACAAGUACAUCUACGACAACGGGGGACGCAGCCCUAAAUGUCCCUACCAGCCGGAGGAGUGUGACCGCUACAUCACGGAGAACUGGUACCAGGUGGUCAACUACCAUGGGGCUCUGGAGAUGCCGACAUCCCACGUGGACAUCAACAGCUGCGGCGCCAACUACCCCGGCUGGCUGAAUGGAACCCUUCCCUCCGAAACCGACGGCAUCGUGGACAUGACUGUUUGUGUCAGCUUCUACAACGAACCCUGCCGAAAACAAGUUACAAUCCAGGUGAAGAAUUGUGGUCUUUUUUAUGUGUACUACCUUGUGAAGAUGGGCGGAUGUUCUGAGAGAUACUGCUUUGGUACUGAUGCUGAAUGUCCAACUACAACAGAAGCACCAACUACAACAGAGUCGCCACCUCCAUCAUCAACAGCUUCAACAGCACACACAACUGAUAAACCCACAUGUACCGCUUGUGAGUGUCAAUUCGAGAAGUACCGCACUUCGACGAUUUGCCUGGUUGCCUUGUGGGUAGCAACUGUGACGUUAGGUGUAUUAUUAUUCUCCUACUACUGUGUGACCCGUCAGCUAGUAAUUGUUAAACGGUCACCUGAAAACGCAGUCUACCCUUCUAAGGAGUCUGGAAUAUAAUCUGGCCUACAUGUGGUCGGUUGUUCGUUCAUUACACAUGUCAAUAAUGCAUGUAUGUUGAAGAGAACUGUAUUUGUAUAUAUCAAGAUAUUUCAACAUACUGAAUGUCCAUAUUCUACUCAUGUUAUCGAUCAGUGUAAUAUUGCAAUAAAUACAUUCAAAUGGCA